AUGGUAAAUGCCGAGCAGACGGCAUCUCAAGUCCUUGGCAUGUUACAAGAAAACUGCGGUCGACUGGAACAUUGCAUGCUGCCUUCUACGGCUUUGGUAGAACGAGACCUAAUUGGCAAGGUUGGUUGGCUCGAGCAGCCCAGCACCCUGAGUCUUCGAAAAUACUUCAAGCAGCUACUGGAUUAUAUGGCAGCACCUGUUGCGCAGAUGGGCUGUGCUGAGAGCAUUGCACUCUUGUACCUUCUGCAUUCAGUUCCCAGCCAGCCAUCUGCAAACCCCGUGGCCUCGUUCCUCGCCAGUCAAUCUAAACAUUAUAUCCUCCCGUUUGAGAAAGAGCGCUUUUUGACUAGCACUCUUGCAUUUCUUUCGAGUAUUGACGAUGAUCCCAAUCAUAUACCCGCAAUUUGUGUGCAGGAGGACUCUCAGGCCGGGUCUUUGAAGGUAUUCAUAGCUGUCAAUGAGGCUAAGCGGGGUGACAGCCACUCGGUUUUACAGGACUUGAAACACGGCUUCGAGGGAAUCUUUUCGAUACUGUCCAGAGCAUCACCCACCGCUCAUAAUGAUGUCUUUGCUGCCGUUGUAUCGAUGUGCUCUAAGCGAAUUCUCUGCCGUUUGCGCCUCUCUGGAAGGAAAACGCCAAAACUGUCGAUGAAAAGCCUUCUCUUACUCUCUUUACGGCCACUCGCGAAAUGUUCUUCGCAGUUCACCGAAAAGGCAAAACGCGCAAUUAAACUUCUUGACUCGUGGACAAAUCAUCAAACGUUGGGUCGACUGCAAAAUGUUGUGCAGGGCGUGUACGAGUUGGCACAAAUCAAGGGUGUUUCGGAAUUACUGGAUGCAAUACCUAAUCGAGAAAUGGACCCAAGUUCGAGAAGAAGCUUGCUAAACAUGAUCAAAAAAGUAGCAAGGUAUCGUUCCUCGGCCAUGUUUCUAUGCCGCACCGCGAAGAAGUUCCCCAUAACGCAAGCAAUGGAAGCCGUGCCCGUUACCUUGCCCAGAAGCGCGUUUCAAAAUCACCAACAUCGCAGCAUCCCAUCACUCGACUCCUUUCUGAAAAAUUCCGGGGUAUUCUACGGCCAAAAAAGGGACCAUGGUCAGUUUUUCCGUCUGCUGCAAUGCAGUGAACAACAGGCUAGUGAUCUGUUCGUGAAGCAGACGAGAAAGACGUUAUCAGAAGCGAAGAUCCACGCGGAGAUGCAGCUCAUCUUCCACUGCGAAAUAGAGCAAUGCGCUCCCUUUCCCCGGGUUAUCAGUUCUAGCAAGGAUGCUUGCUUCUUAUGCAAUGCUUUUAUCCAAAUGCACGGCAAGUUUUAUACUCCGCGGUGUCAUGGACGGCUAUAUCCAGGCUGGCGUCUCCCAAUAUGUCCCGAAACAACUGCUUUCGAGCAGCAGUUCGUCGAUUACCUGUUGGCUGAGGCUCGAAAUAGCAUACAACUGCUACUUUCUAGGCGAAAGAGAAGCGUAUACCCAGACCCAAACGAAAGUACGGUAUUGACUAUACCUAUGUCAUCGUCUACAGUGAGCUGUAUAUUACCAGCGACUACCGAGGCCAUAUCUAACCCAUCACCUGAAUUAUCAAAGACUGCUUCAAUAAUCCAGGGGGUAGAUCUCAGCGGUGACACGUCUUUUCAAGCUUCGCAUUUAGAUGAAGAAGAAGAGAUGUUCAGCCAGGAACGGCCAAGGUCUGUUCAAUCCAAUGGCGUGAAAUCCAGCCUUGCAAGCUCAAAGUCAACAUCUGAAGCUGAAGCUAGACCGGAAAAUGAUGACAGUAGGGCAUCGAAACGUGAAACUGCCAGAGCUAUCGGACACAUCAACUACUUACCAUGCUCUGCUGUUGAUUUGGUACCCCUGAGGCUGACCAGCAAGGACCUGCCUUUCCAUCAACGUGUGACGAUGGAUCAAAUGCCUAUUCAACUCAGCUACGGAAUGCUAACGUUUUUGUUUGAGUUUGGCACCGUAAGACAUGGACGAAUGUCCAUUACUCAGCAAGAUACGACCUGUGUCGGGACAACUGCACCAAUCAAUGUGUGGGACAUUCCAACACAUGGUGAAUUGAAAGUCGGGUGCUCCAAGGGUGCAUCCCGAUUCUCUAUAUUUAUUUCGACAUCGGCGAUUCUAAGUUUCGAAUUCGUCUGGUGUGAGGCCGAAGCUAUCAGUGAGCUACUAGCAGACUAA